GGUGGGGGACAACUACGCUCCGGCAUUCUCUUCUCCACUCACCCGAGACCCGCCGCCGGUAGCAGCGGCACGGCACAGCGCGGCCGCGGCGAAGCGAGGAGGGGAAGGAGACGGGGCGCGAUGGGGCUCGGCGUGAGGGCGGCGCCGUUCACGUACGUGGCGCACGCGCUGGCCGUGGCGGCCGCCACCAUGGUGCUGGUCUGGUGCAUCCACUUCCGCGGCGGCCUCGCCUUCGAGGCCACAAACAAGAACCUCAUCUUCAACGUUCACCCUGUUCUUAUGCUUAUUGGCUAUAUAAUCCUAGGCAGUGAAGCUAUAAUGGUAUACAAGGUCCUUCCUACUUGGAAGCAUGAUACAACUAAGCUGAUCCAUCUAAUUCUCCAUGCAAUUGCCCUUGUAUUCGGUGCGGUUGGGAUAUACUGCGCUUUCAAAUUUCACAAUGAAAGUGGAAUUGCCAACCUCUACAGUCUGCAUUCUUGGCUUGGGAUUGGAACAAUUUGUUUGUAUGGUAUUCAGUGGAUAUUCGGGUUUGUUGCUUUCUUCUUCCCCCGUGCUUCGCCAAGCGUGAGGAAGGGUGUUCUUCCUUGGCAUAUACUGUUUGGGCUCUUCGUCUACAUUUUAGCCCUGGCCACCGCAGAACUCGGAUUUCUUGAGAAGCUCACUUUCCUCCAAAGCUCAGGGCUCGACAAAUAUGGCGCAGAGGCAUUUUUGGUGAACUUCACGGCUUUGAUUGUUGUGCUAUUCGGUGCUUCCGUCGUGGUUGCUGCUGUUUCUCCUGCUCGCGUUGAAGAACCGCAUGAGUAUGCUCCAAUCCCUGAAAGUUAGAACAUCUGUAGUUUACAACUUUACAGCAUAUACAAACACAACCAAAGAAGUUUGUUGUUGCCACAGUGAGACCUGGUGGCUGGUGUUCAUAUAACUCCCCUUGAAACAAAGAAAGAACAUACUGGACAUACAAAGAAAGGAAAUAUGCAUAUUUGUUGUGUGUGUAUUUGUUAUGUGGUUAAUCUAUAUUAAUAUAGAAGGCGUCGGACGUGUCACUACCGUCCAUGCCAUGUUCGUGUAAA